AUGUCGCGAAACCAGCCGAAACCACAUGCUGGAAAGAAGUCCAUAUCAAGCCAUCCAAGUAGGACAAACGCAAAUCCUGCAGAAAUCUGCAAUUUCAUGCUUGAUAAAUAUCAUAAAUCGCAAAAUGACAUAAAUGAAGAAGAUCACAAGCUGUUGCUUUACAAUAUGAAGAUAGCAAUAGAAAGCAAUAUAUACACCGACAUUAACGAAGACAUUCUUGAACAUUUUAUCAAAUCUACUUUUGAAAGCAGAACUAGCUUCAAUCUCGACGAAAUAGAGAUCUUCCUCACAUUACUAUCCAUUGACAAGCUUACUAAACUCAGAGAUAUUGAAUUUCUCAAGAUCUUGAUAUCCGAAUUUAAUAAGUUCUGUUUGAAGAACAUAUUUACAGAGAACAAUGAUAUCCAGUCAUUCAAUAUCAUAAACAUCAUGCCAUCUCUCUACAACAUCCUUACAAAUUGGCCAGAUCUCGAUGAAUCAAUCCUAAAACCGCUUUCAUCGACCAUUAUCCGGUUAUUCUACUGCAACCAGUCAUCAGUAGUCCUUCAACGAUCCACUGCCACCAUCAUUUGCCUCAUCUUCCAUAAGAAUUUGGGUAUCAACCAAGAUAUCAUCCAAGAGAUCAUCUUUGAAGGCAAAAAGACCAUAAAUGAGAAGAAAACCAUCACAAUCAUUGCAGAUCAGAACGAAAAAGUCCAAGUUUCCUUGAUGUCAUAUUUCCUUAUCGAAAUCAUCCAAAUUUCAGAGAAUCCAGACGAUAGUUAUGGCCAAUCCGAUACAAUAUGCAAGAACGUCAUCUCCAAAUUGAUCGAAAAUUUCAAUCCACAAAAUAAAAUUUUCGAAAAAUUUUCAAAAGACGUUUCACUUUUAUUGUAUCAUCCCAAUUUUCCUGUUUGCGAAUUGAUUGCCAGGAAUUUAUUGAUUGGAUCAAUGACAAUGAUCGAAAUGAAGGAAGUCUACAUCCAAACAUGUCUUAAUGUCAUUUCAGAACUGAUCAAAGCAGUUUCUAAAGGAAACAAACUCCAAAAAGAAGAAGUUUUCAUAAGUUUUCCUAUGAGUUUAAUCGAUAAAAGUGACGAAACGGUUUUAUCACUUUACAAAAACUCAGAAUUCCCCAGUAACACGAAAGAACGGGACAUUGCAAUUUAUAUAUUGUUAUCUUUCUGUCACAAGACUGAAAGCAACUCAUUUUUAUACAACAAGUCAUCAGUUGAUUAUUUAAUGAGUUAUUUAAGUAACAAAACAGAAAAGAAUGAAUUGAAGAAAAUCUAUGACGACGCGACGAGAAAUGAUGACUACUCAUUCCCUUUUGAUUACAGUUUGAUUAUGAGUGUCUCCCUCUUCAAAGAAAAUGAAAUGAAUCUCUCUUUGAAGAAAUUAAUCGAUUUCAUCUCAAAAUUCAAUACUCAAAUGACGAUUAAAAACCGUUUGACGAUAAUCAAGACGAUAGCAGAUUUGACAUCCAUUGACAGAACAUUUUUGGGAAAUCCUAAUGUCAUUAAACGCAUUGAAGCAUCGAUUUCGGACAUUUCUCCUUCUGUCAGAGAAAAAACGAUAGAAAUUCUGUCAAAUCUUCUGACAAAUGAUGAAAUGAACGAGAAAUAUUUCGACUGCAUCAUUUUAUCUUUGAAAGAUAAGUCUCCCAGUGUUAUAUCAACAGCUUUGUCUGUUUUGAUGAAACAGAAAAACAUUGAAAAUCAAAAUUGUCAAAUCAUUAAAAACGUAACAGUUUUAUUGGACAGUCAAUCAUCAAUUGUCAGGAAAAGAUCAAAAGAUCUUAUCAAGAAACUUUUCGAGACAAAUCCAAUUUUGACAUUUUCCAACAUAUUGAUUCAAAAUCUAAUGAAUGAAAACAUUCAAAAAAUUGUCAAUAAAAUGAAUUUGACAGAAUUAAUCGUCGAAAAAACAAUUGAUACUUUUCAAGAAAAUGUCACUUUAGAAGGUGUCAAAACCGUCGAUUUUAUAUCCACGCAUUAUGAAGAGUUUGCAGUAAAAUACAAAUACUGCGACAUUUUGAUGAAAUUACAUAACGAAAUUGAAAUCGAAGACGAUAGAAUUUUGUCACUUUUAUCAGAAUCCAUAUCAAAUUUAUUAUGUUACAAUUUGAUUGUUGAUCAGAAACUUGCGAAAGAGACAUUGAAGAAGUCCAUUUUCAAUCUCCAAAAAAGUGUUUCUGUUGAUGUCAUCUUCAGUGAAUCAAAAUUAAGUUGUUUUCUCGAAGAAAAUAUUCUUAAAAAAAGUGACAUAACAAAAAACAUUGUUAACAAACUUUUACAAUUUUUGGACAACAAAAACGUCUCCAAAAGAUCAAUUUUGAUCAUUGGAGGACUUGGAAAAUUCACAAAAGAAAAUGACUUGAAAUCCCAAAUUUUCCAAAAACUCAAAGUUUUAUAUGAAAAUUCAGACGAUAAAAAAUUCAGAUCUAUCGUCUUGAAGUCACUUUUAUCGAUAUCCACAUCAUCUGACAAACUUUUAUUAGAUAUAUCAAAGAUUAUGGAGAAUGCCUUGUUUUUGUCUGAAGAAGAAAUUGUUGAAUCUAUUGAAUACUUUGGAUAUAUAUUGGAACACGACAACGAUGAAAAUUCUUUUGUUUCAAUUAUUCCUAGAUUAUAUCCACAGAUUUUGAAGAUAGGAAUAACAGAGAAUACAAUGAUAAGAACGAAAACAUUCAAUUUGAUUUCGAAAUGUUUGGAAAGAGGAAUUUUGUUGUCAUUCCAAGUUUCUUCUUUUUUAGUUUCGUUGAUUUUUUUCGAAGAAAAUCAUUUCGAAGUUUUGAAUUUGAUCAGCAAAAUGAAUGAAAAAGAUCAAAAAUUUGUUGUUUCUUCCAUUUUGUCUUCGAUUGACAGUACAAUUGAUUUGUACAAAGGAAAGUUCUCUGUUUUCGAUAUUUUCCACGUUUUGUCACAGAAAAACAAAAACUUUUUCUUCGAAGAUUUGAGUGAUUUCUUCUACGAAUCAAUAAAUCUCCAAAAGGAACAAAAAAUUGUUUCUUUCGUCGUAAAUCAGUUGACAAAAACAUUUUUCGCAAAAGAAGAAAGUGAAAAGAUUCUGCAAAUAACGAAGAACAGUUCCCUCUCUUCACAGAUAUUCCAGAUACUCAGAGAAUCAAAGAAACAAAAUGUGGAUUACAAUUCAAUUUACAUUUGCUGUCAAAUUUUGUAUCUGAAAUAUUAUUUUGAGGGGAAAAUAAUCGACGAGCCUCCAACUUUUGAUGAAGAAAAAAUUGACAUUCUUAAGAAAUAUAUUUCAAUGCUUAUGAAACAAAAAUAA